CGGUGUUUCGUCGUGUAUGGGGAUGCGUUUGUAUAUAGUGCAUGUAUGUUUUUUUGUAUGGAUUUCUGCCAUUUCUUACCUUUGCCAUGCGUAACUGCAAUACAUGGAGGAAGCCCGAAUAAGAUUUUGUUUUUGUAACAGUCUGUUUACGAACGGAGCAGCUUGCACAUUUAUAGCCAUACAAUUACAGCCAUAAAAAAAGAAAUCGUUGCUAAGAUGCAUAUUUUUACCAAAUAAACCAACACUGGGCUUUCCCAUCGGGAGGACGCACUGCUAUCCUGACUGAGCUCAUCGGAACUGAUAAUCCAGAGAUGGCACGGCUAUUGUUCCUGAUUAUUCUCUAUGCUCUUCCAUCUCCUGUUGUGCCCAUACAUAAUUCAUCAACUGGAGGCUGUGGUAUCAUCCGGCCUCCUAGGGAUGGGGGGAUCCGCUACAGAGGUCUGACACAAGAACAGAUCCGCAGCGUGCAGAUCCUGCCUGUGGAUUACGAGAUCGAGUACAUCUGCAGAGGAAACCGGGUGAUUGUGGGACCCAAGGUCAGGAAGUGUUUACCCAACGGCACAUGGACGGACAUGACACAGCACAGCAGAUGUUUGCUGCUUUGUGCGCGGGUGUGGACUUCUCUGGAGAACGGCCGGGUGUCAGUGAAGCCGCCUGGACCUCCGGUGGAAGGAACGAUCCUCCACUACAGCUGCCAUGCCGGCUUCAUCCUGGAGGGCAGAAACAUCAGCCAUUGCACCAAACUGGGCAAAUGGGACGCCCCCAAACCCACCUGUCUCUAUGACAGAAACUACACAGGAAAGAAAAAGCUGUACAUCGGAGCUCUAUUCCCCAUGAGUGGAGGCUGGCCGGGUGGGCAGGCGUGCAUGCCCUCCGCUCAGAUGGCCCUGGACCUGGUGAACAACAGGAGCGACAUCCUGCCUGACUACGAGCUGGAGCUGAUCCACUACGACAGCAUGUGUGACCCGGGAGAAUCUACCAAGUUGCUGUACGACCUUCUGUACACCGAGCCCAUCAAGAUCGUCCUGAUGCCAGGCUGCAGCGGCGUCUCCACCAUCGUGGCCGAAGCUGCUCGCAUGUGGAACCUCAUCGUGCUCUCCUAUGGUUCCAGUUCACCGGCUCUGUCUAACCGCCAACGCUUCCCCACCUUCUUCCGCACGCAUCCGUCAGCCACCCUCCACAACCCCACCAGGGUGCAGCUUUUCCAGAAGUGGAAGUGGACUCGCAUUGCCACCAUUCAGCAGACGACCGAAGUCUUCACCUCAACUCUGGACGAUCUGGAGCAGAGGACGAAGGAGGCGGGCAUCGAGAUCAGUGUUCGUCAGAGUUUCCUCACCGACCCGGCUGUCGCUGUCAAGAACCUCAAGCGCCAAGAUGCACGAAUCAUUGUGGGGCUCUUUUAUGAGACUGAAGCCAGGAAGGUGUUUUGUGAGGUGUUCAAGGAGAAACUCUAUGGGAAGAAGUAUGUGUGGUUCCUGAUCGGCUGGUAUGCUGACAACUGGUUCAAGAUCAAAGACCCGGCCAUCAACUGUACCGUGGAGAACAUGACGGAGGCUGUGGAGGGACACGUGACUACUGAGAUCGUCAUGCUGAACCCUGAGACGGUCCGCGGCGUCUCAAACAUGACAUCGCAGGAAUUUAUUGCCACCUUGAUGUCUCGUCUGGGAGGGAUGAACCCUGAGGAGACCGGUGGGUUUCAGGAGGCCCCUCUAGCCUUUGAUGCAGUCUGGGCCCUGGCGCUCGCCCUCAAUAAGACUGUAGCACCACUGAAGGCCAAGGGUCGCCGACUGGAGGAUUUCAACUACAACAACCCCGAUAUCACCUCCGAGAUCUACAGGGCGCUCAACACAAGCUCCUUUGAAGGUGUCUCGGGCCAAGUGGUGUUUGACGCUCAGGGCUCCAGGAUGGCAAUGACUCUCAUCGAGCAACUGCAAGGAGGAAGCUACAAGAAGAUUGGUUACUAUGACAGCUCGCAGAAGAACCUCUCAUGGUUUGACAACGAUGUUUGGAUUGGUGCUGGACCUCCUGCUGAUCGGACCGUUGUGAUCGAAGAGUACAGGUACUUGUCUCAGAAGCUGUUUGCAGCCGUGUCUGUCUUCGCUGGCCUCGGCAUCCUGCUCGGCAUCGUCUGUCUGACCUUUAACAUCUACAACGGCAACGUCCGCUACAUCCAGAACUCCCAGCCGUACCUGAACAACAUGACGGCGGUGGGCUGCAUGAUGGCUCUGGCUGCAGUGUUCCCACUGGGUAUUGACGGUCACCACGUCCACCGCUCACAGUUCCCCGUCGUCUGCCAGUUCCGCCUGUGGCUCCUCGGUCUCGGCUUCAGCCUUGCGUACGGCAGCAUGUUCACCAAGAUCUGGUGGGUCCACACCCUCUUCACCAAGAAGGAGGAGAAGAAGGAGAAGAAGAAGCAACACUUGGAGCCAUGGAAACUCUACGCAACAGUUGGAGUUCUGCUGGCUAUCGACUUUCUGUCACUCAUGAUCUGGCAGAUUGUGGAUCCUCUGCACAUUACGGUCGAGAAGUUCACUAAAGAGGCCCCUAAAGAAGAUAAGGAUGUCCUGAUUCAGCCCUUGUUGGAGCACUGCAGCUCAGAGAAGAUGAACACAUGGCUCGGUGUUGUUUACGGCUACAAGGGCCUGCUGCUGCUGCUGGGAAUUUUCCUGGCUUACGAGACCAAGUCUGUCUCCACAGAGAAAAUCAAUGACCACCGGGCCGUUGGGAUGGCUAUUUACAACGUUGCUGUGCUGUGCUUGAUCACGGCUCCAGUGACUAUGAUCCUGUCUUCCCAGCAGGACGCCUCCUUUGCCUUUGCCGCUCUAGCAGUCGUCUUCUCUGCCUACAUCACCCUGGUGGUGCUUUUUGUUCCCAAGAUGCGGCGUCUGAUCACCCGUGGGGAGUGGCAGUCUGAGCAACAGGACACUCUGAAGACCGGAUCGUCCACCAACAACAACGACGAAGAGAAAUCACGACAGCUGGAGAGAGAGAACAGGGAGCUGCAGAAGAUCAUCCAGGAGAAAGAGGAGAGGGUAUCGGCUCUUCGUAACCAGCUGGCCGAGCGUCAGGCUCUACGCAACCGCCGCCGACCCUCAUCGGGCCAGAACCAAAACCACAACGCUCCACCGCCCACCUCCCAGCCGGACCCUAAGUCUUUGCUCCCACCGCCCGGCUACCCCAACCCCACCACGGACAAUCACUCCCUCCCUCCCUCCUUCUCCAACUCCUCCAACCUGUACCCAGCUGACAGCAAGAUGAGCCGCAACCACUGUCACAACAGCCAGAUCCCGCUGCUGUACAAGUAAGCGAGGAGGCACAGAUGUGGGUGAGGGGAGGGGAGGGUCUGGAUCAAUUGCACAGUGCACACGUGAGACACAAACACAAUGAGUCACUGUGACUUUCACUUGUUUGGCUGAAAAGCACAGCGGUGAGUGACACUGUUUUUAAAGAUACAAUGUGGAAGCACAAAAAAAAAGUUCACAGGAGCGCUUUACACUCGGCAGCUUCUUGGAGGAGAUCACACAGGCAACACCUGCCCGCCCUCACAGCUUGAUCUCACUGUGUUCAACCCAGCAACGACCACAGCAGCGGCCACAAGCACAUCUCAGACUCUCAGCACUCGAGGUCAAGUGAACGGAUUGAUCUCUUCAUCAUUCCUCUUCCUCAUUCGUUCUCUCGUUCUGUUGUGGAGACGUCGGAUCUGAAAAGUUUGUGUUUGUGUCUUUUGCUCUACACAUUUGGUCUCUGGAGUUUGUUGACUAGACAAGCACAUACAGUAGUGAUUUAUAUUGUUCUGUAAUUUUCUGACCUGUUUUGUCAUGGAGUUGUUGUUCAAUUAUUUGUUUACUUUUUCAGGAGCGUUGUGAAAACUUGUCAAAGGGACGAAGCAAUGUACAGUUUUCUUCCUCUGAUCAGCAGCUCAUAAAUGAUGAUGUGCAUUAUAAAACAGCCAUAAUUUAUAAAGGCCAUUGAGCUGGGCAUGUCUGUUGUAAGGACUGUGUGUUCACGUACAACACUGCAUCUUAAAAGUCCAGUCCUUUACUGAAGUGACCCGUUUUUAAAAGGAAAAAAUUAUCCAAGCUUGCUCGUGCUGGAGGACACUUUUGAUAGUUUUGCCAUUUGAAAAUAAUGUUUUACAAUGUAUUUUUUGAGAUUUGUGUUGUAUCUCUUUAUCAGAGCAGUACAGAAGUAGCCAUCAAAUGUAUCCCUCCUCCUGCAUCUGAUUCUGAUGCAUUUUGCAGAUAUCAUCAUCACUGCAGCUGAGUCUUAAAGUCUGCUCUCAUUUUUACUUUCAGCGUCCUGAAAAUGAGAGCCAGUAAAUAUUUCUACUGCAGUGAAGUGUUGAGUUGUGUGGAGUUCUAUGAUGGCUAUUUCUGUAGAUAUUCAAAGAAAAAAAGCACAGUUUUUUCCUCAAGAUUUUAUACAUGGGACUCUGUUACUCGCCUUUUUUCAUUUGAAAGGGAUCUUUUUUUAUGUUUCUCCAUGACAGACAAUCUGGAUGGAUGCUUCUUUCUUGCUUUUGUAUUUUUCUUUCCCAUUUUGCCUUCUGGGUAGGUUCGGUUGUACAUGUAUCAGAGAAGGAUAUAUAUGUGCAGAAAUGUGACAUACUGUAUUUAUUCAGCAGUUAAUGUGGAUGUACUAUUUCAUUCAUGAGCUAUAUCCAGAUUUUAUAAAAAAGCAAUGAUACCUGAACAGCUUUAACAGCAGGUUAAAACAA